AUGAAUCAUUCUCAUACACUAGACACAGCUGAUGCGUUAGGGAACUUAAGAAGUAUUCCUGAUACAAGGCAGUUAUUUGAAACUUACUUUAAUGAUGGACUCGGAAUAACUGACUCAAUGACAUUUCAUGAAGGUAAGCUGGAGUUAGAAGGUGAUGAAUAUGUUAUUGCUGAUGCAUCUCUAAACCCAAAGUACAGAACAGUUCAGCAUUGGCAUAAUGUAUGGAGAGAAUUUAAUCUAGGCCCAAGAAUUGGGGAGGGCGUAAUAGAGAAACUUCAGUCAAAAAAAGCCUCAUAUGAAGAAAAAGGAGUUAAGAUUUUAAUUAAUGAAGAACCAUUUGCUGUUGUUAUUUGUACACCACUGAUGCAACGUGCACAUAAAUUACCUUACUCAAAAGACAUAGUAUUCUCUGAUAGUACAGCGUCAUGUGAUGCACAUAAUCAUUCUAUUACAUUCAUGCUUACCCCAUGUGCUGUUGGUGCAGUUCCAUUAGCUGUAAUUAUCACUAAAGGCCAGUCAAUGAAUGAUUAUAAAAUUGGAUUUGAAUUUGUUAAGAAUUGUGUUGGUCCUGAUGGAUUUGGUGGUGAAUGUUUUCCAAAAUUAUUCAUAACAGAUGACAGUGAAGCAGAAAGACAGGCAUUACAAUCUGUAUGGCCACAGUCAAAGCAGUUACUGUGUCGUUUCCACAUAUGUCAAUCUGUUUGGAGGUGGUUAUGGGGUAGUGAAAAUAACAUUGAAAAGUUAGAUCGCCCUAUUUUGUAUGCAUUGUUUAAUAAAAUAUUAACGGCAUCAAGUGUAGAAAUGGCUGAAGUCGCUUAUUUAAAUGCCAUAGACAGCAAUAAUAAUGUUAAUGUAGCCAAGUAUCCCAACUGGGUUAACUAUGUAAAUUUAUAUUGGAAGCGUAAGGAAAUAUGGGUUUUAUCUUAUAGAAACUGUGAAACCCAUGGACACUAA